AGCCACUUCAAACUAGCGGGAGACAUCGCGAGAUUGGGGAGGUUGCUCGCGAGAGGUGGUGGGAGAGGCUUCUGGGACGUAUCGUGUAGGCCGCGUGGAUCGGCACCGGCAGAGAGGGAUUGAGCGGUGGCUGGGUCUCCCUUGAGGCAUCUCUGGACAGAUUUUGGGAGCGCGCUGUGUGAAUUGCUCUCGUCGACCAUGGGCAAAGCAGCCAAGCGAAGGGGCGGUGGCGUCGCCGCCCCUUCGGUGCGGGGUAAUCCUUUCGAGGUGAAGGUCAACAGGCAAAAAUUCCAUAUUUUGGGCAGGAAGACCAGGCACGAUAUAGGACGGCCGGGUGUCACGCGCUCCAAAGCCCACAAGAAGCGUACACAGACUUUACUGAAAGAAUACAAAGAAAAGGAAAAAUCCAAUGUAUUUAAAGAUAAACGUUUUGGUGAAUAUGAUACCAAAAUAAGUCCAGAGGAAAAAAUGAUGAAGAGAUUUGCUUUGGAACAACAGAAAAAUUAUGAAAAGAAAAAUAUCUAUAACCUCAACAAAGGAGAAUACUUGACCCACUAUGGCCAUUCUCUAGCAGAUAUUGAAAAACUUAAUGAUAUUAUUGAUAGUGACAGUGAUACUGAAGAAAGAGGAGCACUGUCAGUGGAAUUAACAGCUGCUCACUUUGGAGGUGGUGGACUUCUCUGUAAGAAAACACUCACAGAGCAUCAAAAUGAAGAUAAAAAACCUAAAUCACGGAAAGAGCUCAUUGAAGAACUCAUAGCAAAAUCCAAACAGGAAAAGAGAGAGCGGCAAACACAGAGGGAAAACACAUUAGAACUUACAGAAAGACUUAACAGUGAUUGGAAAGACAUCCAAGCCCUUCUGUUCCAAAAGACCUCUAAGUCAGAGACCCAAAAUCAAGUGGAGAAGUUCAAGCCUGAUGAAUAUGAUAUGAUAGUUCGGGAGCUAGGGUUUGAGAUGAAGGCACAACCCUCUGGUAGGAUGAAAACAGAAGAAGAACUAGCAAAAGAAGAACAAAAGAGACUUCUCCAGUUAGAGGCUGACAGAUUACAUCGAAUGUGUGGAGAAUAUGAGCUCGAGGUGAAAAAGAAACCCAAGCACUUAUCAGCUGAUGAUUUGGCAGAUGGAUUCCUCCUGGAUAAAGAUGACAGGCAGUUGCUUUCUUAUAAUGAUGGCAAACUGAAUAUUGAAGAUGAUAAAGAUGAGGGAGAGUGUGUAGAGAGAGAAAAAGACAACAGUGAUGAAGAGGAAAGUAAAGAAGAAACUGAUACUACUGAUAGUCAUUCUGAUUUUGAAGCUGAUGAGGAACAUACGGAGGAAGCCAGUCCAAAUGAAGAACAGGAAAAGAGAAGUAAAAGAAACAAAAAUGAAUUGCGUACUAAUAAACAAGAUUCCAAUAAAGAAGCUGUGAAACUGGAGUUGCCAUAUUUUUUUGCUGUCCCAGAAUCUUAUGAGCAACUUAAAGCAUUACUGUUGGAAAGAACAAUAGAAGAGCAACUGCUUGUGAUAGAACGCAUUCAGAAGUCUAAUCAUCCAAGCCUUGCAAUGGAGAACAAAGCAAAGUUAGAAAAACUUUUUAAAUUCCUUCUGGAGUAUGCUGGGGAAUUGGCACGUCGGGAACCACCAGAACUGAAAACUGUUGACAAGUUGGUAAUGCCCUUGUAUGAUCUUUGCCAGAUGUUUCCUAAAGCUUCAAGUAAUCAUGUUAAACUUGUCCUUCAAGAUGCUAUUCAUGACAUGGAAGAAAUUCUAGCAGUGAAGAGUCAUGCAACAUUUCCAGGGUUAGAUAUGCUCAUAUAUUUGAAAAUUAUUGCAGUACUUUUUCCAACCUCUGAUUUCUGGCAUCCUGUGGUAACACCAUCUUUGAUUUACAUGAGCCAGCUACUCACAAAGUGCUCAGUAACAACAGUACAAGAUGUUGUUAAAGGGUUGUUAGUUUGUUGUCUCUUCCUCGAUUAUAUAUCCUUGUCUCAAAGAUUCAUCCCAGAACUUGUCAGUUUUCUCCUGGGAGUUCUUCACAUGGCUAUACCAAAUAAAGGAGUCCAAGGCUGCACCUUGGUGUACCCUUUUGUACCACUAGGAAAACUCUCAGACUUACUUGUGCUCUGUGACAAAGGGGAUGCAGAGACCUGGCAAAAGCAAAAUAUUCCAUUCCAUAUUAUAACUAGAUCAAAAGAUAACAGAACAGAUAUGAAUCAUCUUCGGUUAUCAUGUCUAGACCUGUGCCUGGACCUGGUUAAGAGAUGUGCAGUUCUAUAUGGAUCGCUUCCAUCCUUCAAUGAAAUAAUGCAGCCCAUCCAUAUACUCCUUAGUGCGCACUUGCCAGUGACGGGGUAUCCUACCUAUCUGCAGGAGUUGUGUGACAGUGUUCUGAAACAGCUGAAGAACCAAAGGCAACGUUGUUCAUUAGUGUGUGAAAAGAAAAAACCAGUACCUUUGAAGCUUUUUACACCUAAAAUAGUGAGAGUCCUAGAAUUUGGAAGAAAACAAGAAAGCAAUAAGAGAGAACAGGAACGAAAACGUCUAGUUCAUAAGCACAGGCGUGAACUUAAGGGAGCGGUUCGUGAGAUCCGCAGAGAUAACCAGUUCCUUGCAAGAAUGCAGCUUGCAGAAAUCAUGGAAAGGGAUUCGGAAAGAAAAAGAAAAGUGAAACAACUCUUCAGGAGUCUUGCUCAGCAGGAAGGAGACUGGAAGGCAAUGAAGAGAAAAAAGUUUUAAAUACU